UUAAAACAUUCAUUCCAUAUACUCAGCAUCAUUUAUCCUGUGGUAAUAUAGUUCAAACAAAAUCAGUGAAGUGUAAUAUCUCUGUAAAUAUAAACGGCAGAAGUUGUUAGUUGUUUCAAUAAAAAGUGGUUUUAUAAAAGAACACUUGUUUCAUUAUGUGGGUGUGGUGCCUGCUGCUUAUCACACUGUUUACCUACUCAGCUUUAUCAGUUUCAACAUUUUGAUAAGACAUGUUCACCAAGCCUAAAGUGAUUCAUUGCUCUCCCAUCAUAGCAUCAAGAUGGAGGUUUACCAACGAAACCAACAAAAGGUAGCUCAGUGUUAUUUUUGUGGAGAAGAAAUGCCUCCAUCUCAACUUGAGAUGCAUGUAAAACACUGUGGCUGUGUACUGGAACCGUGUCCUGAGAACUGUGGUCUGUACGUCCAGAGGCAGUACAAAAACCAUCACUCGAGCUGGUGUAAGAAGGAUCCAUCCAAGCAACCCCAUGUCCAGAACUUAAAGGCUGACCUGGCAAAUAUGAGAGAUCAGUUGGAGCAGGAAAUGGCAAGGAGAAAACAGCAGAUGGACGGGUACAUGGAACAGAUGGAAAAAUACAACCAGAAAAUGGCUCGGACGGAGGAACUCAAUGUGAAAUUGAUAGAUGCAGUUACAGGAAUUCGCAAGUUAGUGAAUGAGGAGCAGUGUGCCAGACUGAAGGAUAUCCUGGAGGUAAAAACCAGUGUCAGUGAAGUCGCGAAAAUGAUCACACAGUUAAAAUUCACUUUGAACCAGACUCGGGUAGAUGUGGAGGAGCUGAGGAACGAUGUUCAUACUAACGAGCAAUAUGAGAAAAUGUACGAGCAGUUCCAGGAGUGGAAGAGAAAGCAGGAUGAAGUGGUGUCAGGGAUGAGGGUAGCACUCGACAAGGAUGUACAUGCAGAGAUCAACAAAUUGCACAAGGACAAUGUCAUCAGGAGCAAGUCUGUCAAUGAUCUGUUGGAUCUGAACGAAGUUAUCAUUGACACCCAGGAUAAGUAUACUGAACAAAUUUACCAGCUGGAGGUGGACGUUAAGGAGUUUAAGAAAUUUCUAACCGAAGAAAAUAUCAUGAUCAGUGGUAUUUGGCGGGAACAGUUGGAGGAAAUAAAGAGUCUGAAGGUGAGGUUUGAGGAGAAUGAGGCAGCAAUAAAAAACUUGAACGAGGAGCAAAAGUUAUUAAAAGACAAAAUUAAUCAUAUGGAGAACUUCUCAAAAGAUUUGAACAAUUUAAAUACCGGAAGUGAAAAAUUAAAACUGUCUGAGAUGUCAAUCAAUGAGGAACUGAUAAAGGAGUUGAUCGAGGAAAGACAUGAGUUUAGAGAAAGACUUGAAAAUUUGGAAUUACUGAAUAAACCCAAUGAAAGGAACUUCAGCACUGACACCUCCUUGUCUAUAUUUGAUGAUACGAUUGUGAAGCAGCAAAAUGAAAUCGCACAAAGGCUUGAAACUUUAGAAAAACUCACCACUGAGGUGCACAACUGUGGGAGAAGGACUUCAACUUCGACAAAUAACGAACCAAACGACCUUCCUGUCAUUGUGAAUGAAUUGACCAGUGAACAAUCUAUUAUAAAACGCAGACUGGAGUCUCUGGAAGCAUUGACACAUGAACUGGAAGAAGUAAAAUAUAAACUAAGCAGUAAAAAGAUAUCCAGUCUUGAUUCUGCUGCCUCCAUAAAUGGCCGCAUUAUGUGGACAAUAUCAAACUUUGGUACAAAACUGGAUGAAUCUAAAGAGAGUCGGACACAAAUAGAGAGCCAAUACUUUUACACAGGUGAAAGUGGAUACAAGUUACAGUUACGAGCAUACCUGAAUGGGAUUGGACAGUGGGAAGGGAGACACAUGAUCGUGUCCCUGCACGUCCUGCCCACGCAGUGGGACAACCGUCUGGUCUGGCCUUGCCGUCUCAAGGUCGUCUUCUGUCUACGUGACCAAGAACCCAUCCACAGAAAGGCAAAAGAUCUGGUGAAGAGUUUCACUAGCAACCCGGCAGCUAAAGGGUUCGAGUCUCCUUGUCUCCAGAUGUUCAUCCCUCACCGAACUCUCUACACAAAAAGUUACCUCAAAAAUGAUGUUGUUAUCAUUGAUGUCAAGGCACACCCAUUGUGAAAAUUACUUUUUUAAUAAAAUAUUUUUACUGUUUUA